AUGGAUCUGCAGCGCCAGCAGACUUUGGAUUCAUCACCUACAGAGAUCAGCCUCCUCCAGAUGGAAAGGGUGUCUGGUCUCAGAGAAGAGGGAGCAGAGAAAUACCUCCAGAUCUGUCUGAAUCUGAACCUGUUACCAUGGCAACUUUUCUACAGGAACACCAAAACAUCAUCCAGGUAUGGCAACAUCCCCUGCAAAUUCAUUACCCCAGGAUCUCCUACUAUCCACCAGCUGGAACCAAAGAAAGACAACAUUGAAACUCUGACAAGAAUUACUCUUGGUGAAAAAAAUCUAAACAAGAUAAACAAAACCAUCUUACUUGUUGGUGAAACAGGAACAGGAAAAUCUACUCUGAUCAACGCUCUGGUCAACUACGCCAUGGGAGUGGAGUGGGAGGACGAUGUCUGGUUUAAGAUAGUAGAAGAAGAGAAGAGAAGUCAAUCAGAAAGUCAGACAUCAGAUGUGACCGUGUACCAGAUCUUUGGUUCUGAAGAUAAACCUCUGCCCUACUCUCUGACCAUCAUCGAUACUCCUGGAUACGGAGACACCAGAGGGAUUGAAGAAGAUGAAAUCAUCAGUCAAAGAUUAUUUGACUUGUUCCGCUCAGUUGAUGGAGUUCAUGAGAUUAAUGCAGUGGGUCUGGUGCUGAAAGCGAGUGAGAAUCAGUGAGGAUUGAGUGACCGACUGAGGUACAUCUUUGAUUCAGUGGUGUCUCUGUUUGGAAAAGACCUGGAGAAGAACAUCGUCGCUCUCAUCACACACUCAGAUGGAGUGACACCUGAAAAUGUUCUACAAGCUCUCGAGGAUGCAAACAUUAAGUGCGCCAGAGAUGAAGAUGGUGAUCCUGUUCAUUUUAUGUUCAACAACCGCCAAAGCACAAAGAAAACAAAGAAGAAUAAGAUUGGUCUUAAAAGUGCAUGGGACUUAACAAUGGACCAAAUACGUCUAUUCACUGAUUUCCUAAAAGGAAAAUCCCCUCAAAAGCUGGAGACAACUGUUGAAGUAUUGAAUUCCCACAUCAGCCUGACAGCGUGCAUCAACAACCUGCAAGAGAGAAUCGAGAUGAUUGAUCUACAACAAGAAGAAAUCAAGCAGACUCAGGAUGGUCUGAAGAAACAUGAACAAGAGAUGAAUAAGAAUGAGAAGUUCACUAUAGAAGUUGAUGAGGUCUUCAAAGUUAAACAAAAAGUCGGCAGCGAGUGGAGAUGGUGGGCACUUGGGUUAAAUUAUGGAGGAGCUGUCUGCUGUACUGUCUGUCAGGAGAACUGUCACUAUCCCUGUACACUGGCCUGGUAUCCAGGACACUGUGAGGUCAUGAAAGAUGGCCGCUGCACUUCAUGCACCAGGAAGUGUCCUGCAUCAGAUCAUGUGAAGGAACAACAAUGCACUGAAUGUGAGGGUAAGUGUUCAGAUGAAUCAAGUCAUGUCAAAACCCACUGGAUCUAUGUGACCAAGACAAGGAAAGUUCAGAAGACCAUCCAAGAUGUUAAAGACAAGUAUGAAAAGAACAAGGCAGAAAGUGAGAUAAAGUCGAACCUUUUGGAAACUCUUGAGAAGAACAUGGAAAAACUACAGAAAGACAAGGAUCAGUGGUUGGAGGAGUCCUUUCAGCAUGUUGUCCAACUGGAGCAGAUCGCCCUGAAUGUAAAUUCAGUGUCCACUCGUGUCCACUUGGACUUCCUGAUUGAGAAGAUGAAGGAGAAAGGAGACACGAAGAAAGAGAAGAAACUGGAAGAGAUGAAACAUAAAAUGGAUAAAGAUAAAGGAAUCAAGGCAGCGAUGAGCUACAAGUUUAGUAAACUAAGAGCAGCAGUUGGUAUUUAAAGAAGUAGUAGAGAUGAAGUAGAUAA